UCCAGCAGCAGCCGCGCGUGCGGGGUGAAGAGUCUCUCAAACUUGCGGCCGGGAUUUAAUCAUGAUUCACGAAUCUGCUUGCUAAGAUCCGCGGGUUUUUGUCGUGAAUCGUGCGGAAGGAUGUACCGUCUGUUGUCGCUGGAGCGCGGGCGUCGUAAACGAAGGCUUGAGCUCAGUCUGGCGGGACUCUGUGAGCUCGAGAUGCUCAAGCAGCGGCACGAGACUCUCAUCAGCCGCGCGCUCGCGCUGCACGCACCCGACAGUCUGAACCGGGCGCUCGAGGACUGCAGCCCGCGACGCCCGUCGCAGGACACCUCAUGGAGUCUGAUGAAUCUUCUACAGCAUCAGGUUGGAGAGUUGAGGGUGGAUACAGAAGUCAAUUCAGUGGAGUCAUCUGCUGAUACUGAAGACCACAGAUCAGUGUUGUGUGAACAGAUUGAUGGUCAGUCUUCAGUCUUGGACUCUUCUGGUCUCAGCGAGAUCUCCUCAUGGGCCGCUCAUCCGGUUCAUCUUACAGAGAGAUCCAAGUCUGUUAGUGAUGUAUUUGGUGUCGGUCGUGAAGGGAACAGUGGGGUACGAGCUGUGUUCCCCCGCUCUCUCUCUUCACCUCACCCCACACUAGAGGGCAUCACAGAGGGCAUCGGGGAGGACGAGCUGUGGACCUGGAGGUCCAGUGAGACCACAGAAGAGGAACUCACAUCAGAGGACUACAGACAGACCCAACAUCUGGAAACGUACAUCCUCAGCCUGAUCCAGCGCCGUACACUACCUCUCAGACCCAAUAAGCCCCGCACCAGCCUGGGACCUGAGGCCAGAGGAGUGGUCAGACAGAGCAGUCUGUCCCGUAAAGAGUCGCCCUACAGCCCCGAGCGGCACAAGACCUCCCCCAGUCCUGAUAGACAAGCGUGGACGCGUCACGGCCUGGACGAGGAGCGCUACGGACGGUCGCCUGCCGAGGAGCAACAUGUGCGUUACUCCAAACCUGCACUCGCUGGCAUUCGAUCUACUUCACUGGAUUUUCCAUGCGGAGUUUUGGACCCUAGCAGCAGUGAAACUGAAUCCCCACAACACUUCCAGGGUUACCCGUCACCUCGCUCGCCCUCCUCAGAUGAGCAGCUGGUAAACGGACAGUACAUCCCAGCACAAUCGUGCCACGCUCAAGCGAGAGCCGCGUCUCCCCGGGCGCAUGCCACCCCUAAAUCUACCCGUGGCGCAUACUCCCCCGAGAGGGUCCCUGGUAAGACGAGGGCCACGCCGAAGAAGUGUCGCUUCACAGAAGAGAAGGUCACGUCGAAGAAGCCGAGCCGAAAGGCCUGCCGCUCUCAGUCAGAGAACAGUUUACUGGGCCAGCGGGUUUCAGAGCGAAAAUAUAAUACGGUGGAACGGGACGCAGGCCGAUGCGCUCAGCCCAAAACACGCCGCACGCAAGGCUCUUCCGGUCACCGCCGGUGGCGUUCCACGCUGGAACUGAGUCAAGAUGAAGCCGAACCUCCCCCCGAACAACCGAUCAGGCGCUCCCGCAAACCCAGACCCGCCCCGUCUCCCUGCGUCUCACAGCACCAUCAUCCGCCUCACCUUCGUGCCGAAUACUCUCAGCGCAUCCCUCUGUGUCUCCCGGAGGAGGGAUACUCUCACCCCGUCGCAGGAGAGUCCGAGUCCAGUCUGAGUGAGGCGGAGUCGCCCGGGUCCAGUUCACUCUCCAGUGAUUCGGAUGAGAGCGGAGGUUUAGUUUGGCCACAGCAGCUCCCUCCUCAGCUGUCACCUCCCUCUCCUUCACCCGCUGCUGGAACAUCACUGCAACCCAAAGCAUUUGUUAAGAUCAAAGCAUCGCACGCACUAAAGAAAAAAAUCCUGCGAUUCAGAACCGGAUCUCUCAAAGUUAUGACCACCGUAUGAGCGAGAAGCAUAAACAGCACCAGUUAUAUGAGCUCUGUUUCAAAUACUACCUGUAUUUAAUUUUUUUAUUCUUUUUAUUAUAUGCAACAGAUCAAUCCUUUAUUGGCUUAAUGCUCUAAUUUACCCCAAAAAUUACUAUGCGCUCAUACCAGACACAAAUGAAGAAUAAAUCGCGCGUAGUUGGAUGCUUGAACAUUUUGAGUUAACUCGUGUCAUUUGCGCGGGAAAUUCAGACGUGAAUACACUCAAUUUGCUGGCUUUAGCUAUCUUGUAGUCUCAAUAAAUACAUGUAUUUAUAGCUCAAAUUGAGUAAAGAGCGUUUUUACAACUUACCAGAUUGUUCGACCUCCUCACAACUUUCUUGUUUCUAUAAAAGUACGAGGAUGUGUCGUACAAUUCCGGGGUCCACAUACAGCGACAAAGGUUUUGUGCUUCAUUGAAUCACACCACAGGAUGUCUCUUGCGUCUUUGCAUUGAUUUAACACAUAAAUCACUUGCACUUAACGCAUCAUUCGCGUCUGGUGUGAACGCACCUUUAGACUACAGACAUUUUGUUUUUGCCCAGUUUACUUCAUUUCUCGUUCUGUCAUUUCAUUGGAGCGUCCUGUGGGUUUGACUUAUUCAACAUCAACUUAAGGAUCAUAAACUCCUAACAAACACAGACUGUGGAUGGUCACGGGCGCUCGUAUGAUUAUUCAAAUAUUUAUUUGUUUGUUCCAAUUAUAUGGAGCUGAUUGUUAUUGGCAGGUGCUUUUAAAUAUAUUUUACAAAUUGACAACAUCUUCUGAUGGGUGGAUGUCAGACAACACUGUACACACACACACACACACACACACACACACGCAUGCACACACACAAACACACACACACACACACACACACACACACACACACACGUGUUCAUAAUGAUGUCAUUACUCUAAAUAUCAGUAUAUGUUCCUCAUGAGAGAGUUUGUAUUUAUGACUGUAAUCUGUAAAAAAAGACCCAGGAGCAUUUGUUGUUCUGAAGAUCA